GCCUUGGACAGUAUCUCUGAUUAUUAUUAUGAAAACGAGGCAAUAAUUGCUUGGUGGAACGACUGGAAGGCAAGAGACCAAAGAGCUCACAUAGAGAAAACCUAUAAUAAUGGUCGCUUCUCCAGAGAGAAACGCACAUUAGGUUUGUUAUUCAGAUCUUAUCCUUAUUUUAUUCAGCUUCAAUGAGGAACUGAUUAUUCUUCGAUAAUUGAUAUUUAUGAAGUUAUUUCUCACGUCACAUAUGCAAUCAUAGCCACUGAUAAACUGUUACAAGUACGACAUUUUAAGUUUAUGAUUUAGUAGCUAGAGAUGGUGUCAGUUAAAGAAAUAUGCAUUAUGAAGAAAUGACCGUAAGAAUCAAUCAGGCUUGCUCUUUUAGUAUUUCCCGACGUAAAGUGUUGCGUCCGAUGUUGAAAAAACUCAUAAUAGCAGGAAGGUAAAAUUGACUUUGCAUUUCACGCUUCUUAAGUUAUCCUUCUUAUAAAGUUGAGUAGUUAUAGGAUCAUUAAGAUUUGUUCAACGACUUCUUUGCUUCGCUUUUACUGAUCAGUUAAAAUAUUUUUUAACCAGGGAUUGUGAAUGGAAGAUGGUAUUGCUGUUUUACACAAGCAGGCUUGAGGGCGAAAGGACAGCCUCUUGAUAAUUAG